UUUUUCCUCACUCCUUGUGCGGCAAGAUGACGUCGUUUCGGGCCUUACUUGCUAUUACAGCUCCUCUCUAUUCUUUCAACACCGCCUCCUUACCAACUCGCCGCCCCAACUCACUUCCUCAAAACCGGUCCUUUCUCCUUCACACAUAUAUUUACUUUCCUCGUCAAUAUUAUAAUAAUAAUAAUAAAAUAUUGUGCAAGUUUGGUGUGAGAUGUAGCUAUGCAGAAGCAGGAAUCGAAGAUGACUCAAGUUCAGCUACAAUAGAUGUUGUAGCUGAUAUCAAGAACGAAAGGGUUGUUGUCUUAGGAGGAAGUGGUUUUGUUGGUUCUGCGAUAUGCAAGGCUGCUGUAUCCAAAGGCAUAGAAGUUAUAAGCCUAAGCAGGUCAGGGCGUCCGACCUACCCAGGUUUAUGGGUGGAUCAGGUUAAUUGGAUACCAGGCGAUGUUUUCUAUGCAAACUGGGAUGAAGUACUUGUUGGGGCUACAGCUGUGGUUUCAACUCUUGGCGGUUUUGGCAGUGAGGAACAAAUGAAAAGAAUUAAUGGCGAGGCUAAUGUCGUAGCUGUAAAUGCUGCUAAGGAUUUUGGGAUUCCAAAGUUUAUCUUAAUUUCAGUGCAUGAUUACAACCUACCAUCCUUUUUACUGUCAUCUGGAUACUUCACUGGAAAGAGGAAAGCAGAAUCAGAAGUUCUAUCCAAAUAUCCAAACUCUGGUGUUGUCCUAAGACCAGGUUUCAUAUAUGGAAAGAGGAGAGUGGAUGGUUUUGAGAUUCCACUUGAUCUGGUUGGGGAACCGUUGGAGAGAAUUCUUAAUGCUACAGAGAACUUUAUCAAGCCUCUAAGUUCUCUUCCGGCAUCUGAUCUGCUCUUGGCUCCACCUGUUAGUGUAGAUGAUGUUGCAUAUGCAGUCAUAAAUGCAGUAAAAGACGACGAUUUCUUCGGCGUUUUCACAAUUGAACAAAUCAAGGAAGCUGCAGCAAAAGUGAAAGUUUGAAUCACUUCUCCAUGUCUGUGAUAAUCUAUACACUUUCAAACACCCGCCAUGACAUGCUUUGAUCCAUUCAAAUUGACUAAUUACAAAGUUGAGCUGUUGUAAAAUUCUUCAAAAAUUUACUCAUAUAAAUAAUACUCAGGCAGAAAUCAUCUACCA